CAAUUACUGGAGCCUGCCUUCCAUUGGCUGUGGUGGGUGUGGGGCUUUGACAUCAUGGGGAAGUUAAAGUGUUGCUGAUGUGAAGAAAGUGUUGCAGUGUGUAAAUUGCCGCUUGUGGGGAGGAAGAAGACACCAGGAAGACUCUUGGAUAUUUUUAUCUUUUUUAGACAUGCUUCCCCUUGGGACAGAGAAACAAUCUGUGAUGUAAUUUGAAUCAAUGUUUUCCUUCCUACUGGUUUUCUGGUGGUUACCAGAUAUAUACUCACAAGUCUUUCACUUCAAGAAGUGAUAGCCUGAAAGACUGAUUUCUUCCACUUGAUCCUUAAUGGGGAGCACUUCUGUCUCUUCAGUAUUUAUUUCCAGGGGGGGCACAGAUUUGGAGAGCUCUUCCCGGAGAGCCACGGGGUUCUGCCCCGUAUAUGCAAUUCUACUGAGUGUCAUAAGACAAAAAAUAUGCCUCCUGUAACAGAACCUCAGGAUGAAUGUGCAGCCAAUGGAGUUGGAAACAAUUCAUUGGAAAGCCAGCAAGAACUGGACAUUAAUCGGAAUGCACGGAUGGUUUUGGAGUCAAAGGAAAGUACAGUAGUACUCGUAGGAUCUCGUGCCAACACAAAGGGUGUUCAGGAGGAAGAUUCUCUGCUGGAGAAUGGGAGCCAAAGUACGGAGAGCGAUGACCCAAAUGCUGAUGCUUGUCCAGAAGUCAGCAUUCCUCUGAAAGAGACUUCUUUCUCUAUAGGACUGCAGGUUCUCUUUCCAUUCCUUCUGGCAGGCUUUGGUACUGUGGCUGCAGGAAUGGUGCUGGACAUUGUGCAGCACUGGGAGGUAUUUACAGAGGUCACGGAGGUUUUUAUCUUGGUACCAGCUCUGCUGGGAUUAAAGGGGAACCUAGAAAUGACAUUAGCUUCUCGGCUGUCAACUGCUGUAAACAUUGGACAAAUGGAAACUUCCAAGGAGAAGUGGGCAAUGAUCACUGGAAACAUAGCUCUGAUACAGGUUCAGGCUACUGUUGUGGGUUUCUUGGCUUCUAUGGCUGCUGUUAUUUUUGGCUGGAUCCUUGAUGGCCACUUCCUCAUGGACCAUGCUGUCUUGCUGUGUGCAAGCAGCGUCUCCACUGCUUUCAUCGCCUCCAUGGUGCUGGGUGAGAAGAAAAGCUUUCCUAGUAGUUGCAAACACAUCAAAAGAAUGACUGGACAGGGUCUGGUAAUGAUUGGGGUAAUUAUUGGCUCCAAAAAGCUGGGCAUUAAUCCUGAUAAUGUGGCAACCCCAAUUGCUGCUAGCCUAGGGGACCUUGUUACAUUGGCACUUCUUUCGGGAAUCAGCUGUGGACUUUACAAGGAAAUAAAAAAUAAUGUCUAUGUUAACCCAGUCGUCUGCAUACUGUUUCUGGCUUUGCUGCCCAUAUGGUUUGUAAUUGCAAGGAGGAACCCUGCAACUCGAGAGGUGUUGUCAUCUGGAUGGGAGCCAGUCAUAAUUGCUAUGGCCAUUAGCAGUGUGGGCGGACUAAUAUUGGAUAAAACAGUUUCAAACCCAAACUUUGCAGGAAUGGCUGUCUUUACACCAGUUAUAAAUGGUGUUGGAGGAAACCUUGUUGCUGUCCAGGCAAGUCGGAUAUCCACUUACCUUCAUAUGACGGGACCCCCAGGAGAAGAAACUGAACUCAUUCCUCGUAAAUGUCCAAGUCCAUGUAGGACCUUCUUUAGCUCAGAUAUGAACUCUCGCUCUGCCAGGGUCCUCUUCCUUUUUGUGGUACCAGGUCAUUUGAUUUUCCUGUACACAAUCAGUUCUAUGCAGGGUGGGCAUACAACACUUACACUAAUCUUUAUGGUUUUCUACAUGAUGGCUGCACUUCUUCAGGUUCUCGUUCUUUUGUACAUUGCAGACUGGAUGGUUCAUUGGAUGUGGGGUAGAGGGAUGGAUCCUGAUAACUUCUCAAUUCCAUAUCUUACUGCCUUGGGAGACCUUUUGGGCACUGGGCUGCUAGCACUCAGCUUUCACAUUCUAUGGCUUAUUGGAGACCGUGACACUGACGUUGGGGACUGAUGUUUCUGUUCUCCUGUAAAAAGCAUUUUGCACCUUGUUUACUGAUUUAGCAAACAGCAAUUGGAUUCCAAUGCAGAUAAAGUGCAAUUUUUUUUCAAGGGCUGGCUUUUUUGUGGGGAAAGUGUACAGUUUUCACAACAAAACCAAUGCACAUCUGACACUUUCAUCAGGAACUGCUUCUGAACAUCAUUUACCCACAAUGGCAGGAGACAAGCCUUUUACUGGGGGCAUACAGUAAAGACUUUAUGUGCCUAUCUUCUUUUCACAGGGAAAAUGCUGUAUUGUGUGUUCUGUAUAAAUUGCUUUUUUAAGUAAUCUUAAGCAAUUUGACAAGGUCUGUUUCAGAUCCAGUUUGGAGCAGUAUACAUAAGAAUAACUUGCACACUUCUGCCAGUGGCUCUUUUGUGUUUAUGCUUUACAGCUUUCAACCUAUUUCAGUAGAAAUAUAAGUAUACUGAAUUUCUAAAUCUAGUUCAACAGUGAUGUAUAAAUGGGGCAGGACUCUAGCUGCCAUUAUUGUCCUUGAAAAAUGGUUAUAGCUGGGCUAGCACUUUCACAGGGACAUGAUUAUGCAGCAUCCAGCCCCUUCUGGUGUCACUUUAAAUUUUUUUUUUAGAUAAAUUUCUAACUGGACAUGUAUUUGUUGCUUCUAAAUUCUCAAGAUAGUAAGUGAUUGACACAUUUAUAUUACUGAGCAUUGCAAUGUUUACUCUGUAGUUAAAUUGCAGAAUGUCUUUACACUGGUGAACACUGGGUACUAUAUUUAUCCCAAGAGCAGCUAGUAAGGGGGAUGUAAACCCCAAAAACAACAUUUUUAAAAGAACAUGUAAUUUCAAGCAACUUUCCAACAUACAUAGUUUUAAAGUUAAUUCUAAAUAUUUGCAAAUGAAAGCAGUAUCUUUCUAAUCACAAUCUGCAUGCUGGUUCUGGCUUUUAAAACAAUGUAGCAAAAGUCUGCCUUCUUCACAGGUCUGUUGAUAAGCUGGGUUCUGCUACAUUGUUCUCAAAGUGAGAACCACAGGAUAGAGAACAAAACAGCAGCAAUUACACACUUUUUUAGUGGAAUGUUGUUUAAAAUAACAACUUAUUUCAUUACACAACAUCUUGCUGUGAGUUUACAUCCCCUAGAGAAGGAACAGUGUAAUAUCCUCGGAUAUAAUUUAAGAAAUAGUAUUUUUUCCAAAUAUAAUUUCUCCUGAUCAAUUAGUCUGUAAAUGUGUAACAAGAUAUCAGUUUGUGCUAGGGAAUUCUGAAAAGCCACACUCAGGGAAUGGCGGAGGGCUUAUAUUCAGGACAUGUGUUUUAAGCAGGUGUUGAAAGGUGUUGAAAGGUGUUGAAAGCAUCAAGCAGAUAUUUUGGUCUAGGGUUUAUGACACACAGGGCUGUUUAUAUUAUAUUUCAGUGACAUCGUAAGAUGUAUAUAACAUAAAAGUGUGUUGUCUGAAAUGUUUGAAUUGUUCUGGUUAUGGCACACUAGCGCUUUAUUGCUUUAAAAUGUCUACAGAUGUGAUAGUCACAUGUAUCUACUAUGAUUACAGAGGUUCUUAUCCAAUUUUGUGUUUUCUUCAUUGUACCUGUACUAGGUUACUAAGAGACAAUUUCUUUUGAUCAGCCUGUUAUCAAUUAGAAAACUAAAGCAAACAUUGGUCAUGGGUUGCCAUGGGCACUUGCACCGGUACAAUUUAGCACUUAUCUUGCUAAAUUUGCACUCUUGUGUUUCAGUCUUCAAGGUGCUACAAUGACCUCUGCUUCUCCUAUAAGGCUUAUGUCCCCCUGGGAUAAACCUCUGCUGUCGUGGGCAACUAACCACUCCGAAAUGCCAACUGGAGUUGCCGGUGGAAAGGCCUUCGCAUCGAUUCAGUUUUCCUUUUCAAGUUGCCUGCAGGACUUUGCCCGACUUCAGAAAACCAAAGCGAUGUGAAGGUCUUUCCACCAGUGAUUCCUAUUUGUGCUGGUGGAAAGGUAUUUUGGAGUGGUUGGUUACCCAUGAUAGCAGAGGUUUAUUGCGGGUGACUAACAUGCUCUGUGGGACAUCAGCCUAAAGGAGCAAUUAAGUGUAAAAAAUAAAACCAGCUAAAUGUAUAGGGUGUGCAAAAUAAAAACUGUUUCUAAUAUAGUUAACUUCAGACCUUAUAGAUUACAUUUUUGGCUAAUGGAUGUCUGACAUAAUAGCCACAGCACUACUUCCUCCUCCGCACUUGUCUAACCUCUUAGUUAGUUAGUCAGCAACUUGAAGGGGGGGGGGGGUAACAUGGAACAUAACUUCUGUGCCCCCCCUCAAGUCACUGGUUACUGACAAUUAACACAGUAGAGAGCUAUUCCAUUAACUUCAGCCUUUAUAGAUUAUAUAUUUGCCUGAACAAGAUUUUUAAACAUUUUUUAUUUUGCACCGCAAAACAGCCUGUUUACCCAUUCAUUUUUACACUGAAUAGUUCCUUUAAAGUCCUUAUGCAAAGCAACACACAGCUGGUAGGUGGAAGCUAAAGAUAUCCUCAUACAAAAGCCUCAGGAUGCAGCAUUUCAACUUCCCUGUCCAAACAGUUGCAUAAAUCCCUGUCAGUGGCGUAAUUUGGUUGUGCUGGGCCACCCUGCAGAAAAAUCUUUGAGAGGGCACAACCAGUCCCUUCUCCCACAAUUCCCCUCUGGACCCUGACCGUGCUGCUAUAUUUAAGGUAGGAAAGGGGCCAGGAGGGAAGAUUAAGGUACAACAAACCCUGUGGUUUGGGCCCCUCUGCCGACUGGGCCCCCUGCGAUCACAGGGUCUGCUGUAUAUAGAUUACUCCGCUGCUCCCUGUACAGCUGAACACUGUUACAAUAGUGAUGUUAAAGAUGUAGUGCAUGUGGAUUUUCUUCCCCCCCACCCCAAGCCCGGGUGCUUUUUAUUUCUUCCCCCCCCCCAUGAUUAUUUUGUAGUUGAGCGAAUCUCUGUAAAGACUGAAUUUAUCUAAUGGGAAUCAAAUUUUCUAAAUAAAUCUUUGAAUAUUUCUCUCAUUACGAUAGGGGCCCAUCAUUUUAUCUGAAAUGUGCUUUUAGGCCAAAAUGUAAUUCAUGCAUUGCUUUGAAACUUUAAAACAAUGACCUUACAACAACAAUAAUGUGUCUUUCAAGGACACCUAUAUCCUAAAAUUGUUUCCCACAGAGUAGUAGAGCCUGCACUCCUGGUGGGGGUGCUCUGGAAGGGAGCUGCCUUCUGGUGCGGGCGUCCUACCACCGCUGGGUACUUUUUUUUUUUUUUU